ACAAACCCGGGAAGGCCCUUGUCGCACGGCUGGCCACGAGAGGAAAAAGAAGGGCAAAGCCCAACAAAGCCGGCCAGCUACUCUCCUAUUCCUUCCCUCCCAUCGCGGCCACCUCGCCCCCGCGUCGCCGCUUCCCUCCUUUCCCUCCUCGCCGAAUCGAAGCCGUUAGCACCGACCGCCAUGGCCGCUGGGUUCUCACGCGCGUCCCGCCUCCUAUCCGCCAUCGGUCUGCUCGGGCCCCCCCGAGCCCGCGCAUCCUCCUCCUCCUCCACAGCCGCCGAAGCGCCCCGCCGCGAGGCGAGCGCUUUCGCCGUGGCGGCCGCGGUGGCUGCCGGGUCGGGGCUGGGGAUAUGGAUGCUGCCCUCGACCCCGCAGCCGCUGGCAGACUCCGGCCAGGUGGCGGACGACGCCGCCGCCGCCGCAGCCGGCGGCGGCAUCUUCGCGUCAUUCGGCUGUGCCGGCGCCGCGGGGGAGCUGGAGGAGAGGCGCAGGUUCCUGUUCGGAGACUCGUAUCGCCGGAGGGUGUUCUUCAACUACGAGAAGAGGAUUAGGACGCGCAGCCCUCCGGAGAAGAUCUUUGAGUACUUCGCGUCUGUCCACAACCCGGAGGGCGAGGUGUACAUGUUACCUACGGACUUGAUGAGGGCGGUUGUUCCCGUUUUCCCUCCAUCCGAGUCGAAAAUUGUCAGGGAAGGGAGACUGAGGGGGGAGCGCCACACCGGCGAGCUACAUUGUGCCCCGUCGGAGUUUUUCAUGCUAUUCGAUACAAAUGGGGAUGGACUCAUCUCCUUUGCUGAGUAUAUCUUUUUUGUGACAUUACUUAGCAUCCCUGAAUCAAGCUUCAAUGUGGCUUUCAAGAUGUUUGACCUUGACCACAAUGGGGAAAUCGACAAAGAUGAGUUUAGGAAAGUAAUGACAUUGAUGCGGUCCUAUAAUAGGCAAGGAGCCGCCCACAGGGAUGGGUUACGCUUUGGACGUAAGGUUGGUCAGCCGGUGGAAAAUGGUGGACUGGUUGAGUACUUCUUUGGCAAGGAUGGGAAUGAACAUCUACACUAUGAUAAGUUCUCUAAAUUUUUGAAGCAAUUGCAUGAUGAGCAGAUUGUUCGCUUGGAAUUCAGUCACUAUGAUGUUAAAUCAUCCAAUACAAUACCUGUGAAGGACUUUGCAUUAUCCAUGGUUGCUUCUGCUGACAUGAAUCACAUAAACAAGCUGUUGGACAGAGUUGAUGAUUUGGAUGACAAUCCUGAUCUCAAGGAUUUGCGCAUUACCUUUGAGGAGUUCAAGGCUUUUGCUGAUCUUCGGCAAAGGCUGGAACCGUUUGCAAUGGCUAUCUUUAGUUAUGGCAAAGUAAAUGGUUUGUUGACGAAGCAGGAUCUAAAACGUGCAGCAACUCAUGUUUGUGGAGUGGAUUUGACCGACAAAGUGGUGGACAUAAUUUUCCAUGUGUUCGAUGCUAACCGUGAUGGUAACCUAAGCUCAGAGGAGUUCCUGAGGUCAUUGCAAAGACGAGAAAAUGAUAUUCGCCAGCCAGCAACUUCCGGUUUCUUAGGUGUGGUCUCCUGCUGGCUGAAUUGUACAAAGUGUUCUCUUCAACAGAUGCUGUUCUAGUAGAAUCCUUUGAUGCUCGCAACACAGUUUUUUGCUGCCCUUGGUUGCUCUCUAUUUGAUGAGUUGGUGAACGUGAUCGACAGCAUAGAGUUCUGAAGACACGAUUUUGUUGUAAGUAUUACCCUGUGUUCAAAGUUGCCCAAAUGCUUAGCAGCUGUAAGGAAUACGUUUCGUUUUAGCCCAAGGGAUCAGAUGACAUCUCUCUUCACUGACGUUAAAUGACUAUCUGACUUGGAACCUCGCUACCUGUUUUGUUUUAGUUAUAUACUUGAUGCUCGUAUUCUGUGGUUGGAUAAUCACACUUUUAUAUUGUCGACCAUUUUUUUUCUGCUUUGAAUGAAUGAAUGAUAAUGAUGAUCAGUUGGCAAAUUAG